CAGAAUCUGUGCCUGUGCAGAAUCAGGUUUCGGUACCAGUCGCAUAUCCCAGUCUCUUCCUCCUCCCCGUGAGAGCAGAGCGUGCCGGUUGCCGUAGCAGCAGUAACAACAGCAUUCCCAGGGUCGCUGUCGCAGCCACUGUGUCGUGACUGCUUGCUGUUACAGGUCCCCUCGUGGCCAGCUUCUCUCGACACACACUCUUACCUCACCUCAGGGCCAGCUCAGCAUCAUGCUGAACCAGGAGAUCUUGAAGAAGCUGAAAUUGCCAGAUCUGAAAGAUGUCAGCCAAUAUAUCAGAAGUGUCUCCACCCCGGUGUUGGUCAGCAUGGGGGCCAUGGCUGCCGCGACAACCUACUACCUGGCAACACGACCCAAGGCCGUCCCACCAGUCUGCGACCUCCGUAUGCAGUCAGUGGAGGUUCCGGGAGGAGAUUUUGCACGCCAAUCAGUUUUACUGAACGGAAAGGGUCACAUAACACAUUUCUAUGAUGAUGCCAGAACAUUGUAUGAGUUCUUCCUCAGAGGAGUCCGGGUUUCCAAUAAUGGUCCCUGUCUGGGCUCCAGGAAACCAAAACAGCCGUAUGAAUGGAUGUCUUAUAGCGAGGUAUUGGAGCGAACAGAGAAUCUGGGCUCAGCAUUUCUCCACAAAGGACACUCUAAGACCACAGACCCCCACAUUGGCAUCUUCUCUCAGAACAGACCUGAGUGGACCAUCAGUGAGCUGGCAUGUUACACCUAUUCUCUGGUGACAGUCCCUCUAUACGACACACUGGGAACAGAAGCCAUCGGCUACAUUAUAGACAUAGCUUCCAUCUCGACUUUGGUGUGUGACGUGGUAGAUAAAGUCAACCUGGUACUGGACUGCGUUAAGGACAGGAAACACUCUGUCAAGACAAUCGUUCUGAUGGAGACCCCCAGUGCCGAGCUGGUCGACAGGUGUCAACUGGCUGGAAUCCACAUAAUCAGCCUGCAGGAGAUGGAGUCCAUCGGGAAGGCCAACCAUCGGCAACCCAUGCCUCCGCAACCAAAGGACAUGGCUCUCAUCUGCUUUACCAGUGGAACAACAGGAAACCCAAAAGGAGCUAUGCUGACACAUGAGAAUGUUGUGUCCAACUGCUCCGCCUUCAUCAAAUUGACGGAGGUUUGCUGUCCGUUGUUUUGCAGUGAUGUCCAUAUGUCCUUCCUGCCCUUGGCUCAUAUGUUUGAAAGAGUAGUACAGGGACUGAUGAUAGUGAAUGGAGCCCGGAUUGGCUUUUUCCAAGGAGAUAUUCGUCUGCUGUCAGAUGACCUCAACAUGCUGAAACCUACUGUGUUUCCUGUGGUACCCCGACUCCUUAACAGAAUGUAUGAUAAGAUCUUUGGGCAGGCCAACACCUCUCUGAAGCGCUGGCUGCUGGGAUUCGCCUGCAGAAGGAAGGAGGCCGAGAUGAGGAGAGGCAUCGUGACUAGAGACAGCAUCUGGGAUCGACUCAUCUUCCGGAAGGUUCAGGCCAGCCUCGGCGGCCGCGUGCGCCUCAUGCUGACUGGAGCUGCUCCCAUCUCUCCUGCUGUCCUCACCUUCCUCAGAGCGGCAAUAGGCUGUCAGUUCUAUGAAGGUUAUGGACAGACAGAGUGCACUGCUGGAUGCACCAUGACCAUGCCUGGUGAAUGGAAUGCAGGACAUGUCGGCGCUCCUCUGCCUUGCAACACCGUUAAACUGGUGGAUGUGCCUGAGAUGAACUACCUGGCUGCAAACGGCGAGGGAGAGGUGUGUGUGAAGGGUCCUAACGUGUUCCAGGGUUAUCUGAAGGACCCCGAGAAGACCGCCGAGGCUAUUGACGCAGAUGGUUGGCUUCACACUGGAGACAUAGGAAGAUGGCUUCCUAAUGGCACGCUGAAGAUCGUGGACAGGAAGAAGCACAUCUUUAAGUUGGCACAGGGGGAGUACAUUGCUCCGGAAAAGAUAGAGAACAUCUACAUUAGGAGUGAUGCGGUGGCACAGGUCUUUGUGCAUGGAGACAGUCUGCAGGCAUGUCUGGUAGCAGUGGUGGUUCCUGACCCUGACUUCCUGUGUAGCUGGAUCAAGAGGAUCCUGGGACUGGAGGCCAGCUACAAGGAACUGUGUGGCAGAGCGGAAGUCAAGGCAGCCAUCUUGAAGGACAUGGUGCAACUGGGCAAGAAUGGAGGCCUCAAGUCCUUUGAGCAGGUGAGGGCCAUCUGCAUCCACACCGAGCUGUUCUCAAUCGAGAACGGCCUGCUCACUCCAACUUUGAAGGCCAAGAGGAAUGAAAUGCGACAGUACUUCAGAUCCCAGAUAGAUGAACUUUACGCUGGAAUCAAGAUGUAGAAGAAGAGCAAAAUGGAAGACCAGACACACAAGCUACCAAAGGCAAACAUAGGGAGAGGCCCACACAGGGAAGAAAAUGAAGAGAUCCCGUCUUACCAAAAGGACCAUCAACACGUGUAGUUUUCAUGAUUCAGAGCAUUUAGAACAAAAAAAGGACCUAUGUGAUCUAUGACACGCACUACAAGACCUCCGAAGGUCCAGAGUAGAUUUUAUGCUUAAAAUAAAUUCUAUUCCAUCUAGUUUAUUGAUGAAAUAGUUUUGCCUAUGCUAUGUACAGUACAAAUAUGUAACAAGGUGUUGAUUCUAAUCAGCUAUUUUGUGAUAAUAUCUCCAUUAAGGAUACUUUUUAAAGGGAAAUAU